AUGCCAGUCACUAUCUCUCUUUUUUUUUCUUUCUUCCUCUCUUUCUUUGUUAUUCGAAUCUAUUUGAUGGAUUUCUUUCCUUCUCUCUUUCUCUCUUUCUUUCCUUUACCUUUCUAUUCCCUUCUUUCUUUCUUUCUUUCUUUCUUUCUUUCUUUCUUUCUUUCUUUCUUUCUUAAUUUCUUUCUUUCUUUCUUUCUUUCCUUCCUUCCUUCCUUCUCGUUUCCUUUUGAAUUCUUUCUUUCUUAUUUGAAUUUACAUUCUUUCUUUUGCAUUUGCUUUUUUCUUUCUUUCUAUUUGUCUUUCUUUCUUUUCUUUUCUUUCUUUCUUUCUUUCUAUUUGUCUCCCUUCUCUCUUUCUUUCUUUCUUUCUUUCUUUCUUUCUUUCUUUCUUUCUUCUUUUCUUGUUUUUAGACUUAUACUUUCUAGUCUCAAUAUUCUUUCUUUCUUUUUUUUUUUUUUUUUUCUUUCUUUCUUUCUUUUCUUUCUUUCUUUCUUUCUUUCUUUCUUUCUUUCUUCCAUUUUUGUUUUUUUUGCCCUAUUUUCUUCAUCGUUAUUUUUUCAUUCUUUCUUUCUUUCUUGUUUGAGUCAAUUUAAUAUAUUUUAUUCUUUCUCUUGCUUUUUCUUUCUUUCUUAUUUGAAUCUAUUUGAUGGAUUUUCUUUUCUUUCUUUCUUUCCUUCUUUCUUUCUUCGAAUCUGA